AUGCCGAACAAAGAGGAGGAGUUCUGUACGGCUCUACGGGAGCUAUCAGGGGAGGAUCCUGAGAACGCGAUCUUCAGGCUAGCGGAGAUGAUGACGGAGUCUGACGAUUAUCAGGCGAGUGGAUCUUGUUGCUUCAGGACGCUUGUUAACCUGCUUGGAAGAUUCUUUUUAGUCAAGAUCCAAGUGCCGUCGAUGCGCUUCUCCGGCUGUGCGAGGAUGGAAGUAUGCGUGCCUGAUGAUCGCCCUCUUGGCUUCCGACAGCAGCAACCAGCAGCUGCUAGGGCGAGCUCGAGGACUAUGCUCGUUGAGAUGGCAGAUAAUGACGACCUACCCGACGACUGCAGAGCCAACGUAGCGUGGGCCCUUGGCUCGCUAGCGAACGAGAGCGAAGAGAACAGGAGGAGCAUAGGAAGCAUACCAGAAGCGAUGAACGCUCUGGUCAAGGUCGCCUGCUGCUCGUCGGACGAGGCGAGAGAGCGAGCGGCGUACAGCAUCGCUGAGGUAGUGAGAGACAACGAGGAGAACAGAGUCUCGCUUGCAAACACCGAAGGCUCCAUCGCUGCUCUUGUCCACAUUUGCGCGACAGGAUCCGAUCCAGGGAAAGAGCAGGCUGCAUGGGCGUUGGCGAUGUUGGCGGAGAAUUCGGAGGACAACUGCAGCUCAAUCGUCCUGACCCCAUUCGCCCUAGAAGCGCUUCUUGAGAUGAUCUCCUCCCCCGAGUCCCUUCCCACCGACAAGCUUGUCAGUGCAAAUGCACUCUACGCCAUCGCCGAGCUGGCGAGAGUAGCGAGAUGGGCCCUGGACCAGUUACUGAGUGAUUACGACGAUGAGGGGGCAGAAUAG